GCAAUUUAAACACUUAAUUUGUAUUACAAGUCGCUUUAAAACGUUUUUCCAAUGUCAUAAAACCAAACGUUUCUAAAUAACUAAACGUAAAAACGUUAAGGAGCAAACAUGUUGCGACAAGUUGCCGCCUUGUCGGAUUUGUUUGAAAAUGAAAACAUUCGAACAACCGAGGACGUAGUGUUACAUAUUUUUAUUUUUCAAUAAAAUAAAUACCAAUACUUUUAUCGUACUUAUGGAAAGCCCAGUUUGUUUGUCGCAAUAUUUUGUAAAUAAACAAAAUGUUCGUUCUUUUAACAAUAUAAUAAAAUGUGAUAUUUUAAAACACGAAAGUGUAGUAAGUUUCGCUGAAUUUAUCUUCGGAGAUACUUCGGUGAGUGAUUUACCACCCGAUUUUAUCAAUAUAUUAUCAGAUAUUAAAAUAAAUCUGAGGAACAAAUCAAAAUUAGAUUUCAAGGAGUACUUUUCUGAGAAUAAUAUUUUACAAUUACAUCCUGUCGACAAAGAGUAUAUUUUAAGCAAUUGUUGGAAAGCCCUAAGUGAAAUACUGCCCAGAAACUUUUAUGGAAGUGAUAAAAACAAAAAACAUAUCAAGGAUUAUCUUCGAACUGUAGUUUACAGCAUGAAACGGCAGAAUUUUCUUCCUCAAAUAAUGAUUGUUGGAUGGGACUUUGAAGUGGUACCUUGGAAAAAUCUGAUAACCAAUGCAAAACUAAUAUUACUCAAGGUAUUAUUUUGGCUGACCAAAUAUGUAAUAUCUCCAAUGAUCUGCCUUAACUUUUAUGUUACAACAUGCAAACUAGACGCUAACGAGAACAAACUUUAUUAUUUUUGGAAAAAUCAAUGGCAGAGCUUUUAUGACAAGCAUGUUUCUAAAAUGGUAUUCAGUAAGGUAAUGAAGAAAUGUGAACCAUAUUCACUGGGUAAAAAAUCUAAGAAAACCCACAACCUUGCCGAUAGACUAAGACUGAAAAUGUUGAAAAAGGGUAUUCCAAAAUUAUAUUUAACGUUGAAGCCUAAUAAUGACUGCAGACCAAUUGUUUGCUACAAAAAUGAAUUACUAAAUCAAUCAGAAAAAUAUAAAUUUAAAGAGAGAUUAAAAUUUUUGAGAUUAUUGACUGGUAAACCACCAUUAAAACUAGAAAAUCAAUACAAAACAUUGCAUACUAAAUGGGUAGCUGCAAACAAGCCCAAGCUUUAUUUUAUUAAGACGGAUCUUAGUAAUGCUUUUGGUUGCAUUAACAGAGAGAAAUUAUCAAAAAUAUUGUCAGAGAAACACUUAAAUAUUCAGAAGACUGAAAAGUGUAUAAGUAUGAAGAAAAAAAUUGCACAACAGUAUAGAGAUCUAGUAACAGAACUGCGGAAACCAAUCUUGAUUCGUGCUGGAUCUACAGUUUAUGAAUGGAAAGAAGGAUUGGUUCAGGGUUACAAAUAUUCCCCAGCACUGUCCGAACUGUAUUACACAUAUCUCGACGAAAUAUACUUCUGUGAACACAUGAAACUGACUGAAAAUCAAGUUAAAUUGUUUAUUCGAGUGGUUGAUGAUUAUUUGUAUAUUACAGAUUCUUUAGCAGAUGCCACUUCUUUUUUAAAUGCAUUAUCCAAUUAUAGAAAUGUGAAUUAUGAGAAAACUACAGUAAAUUUUCCUCAUGAAAGCAUAAAACAAAGUGAAGAUAUAAUUUUCCUUGGCUACUGUUACAAUACUGAAACUAUGGAAGUGAGCAGGGCUAAUAACAUAUUUGCUGGACAAAUGUGUUAUAAAAUCGCAUUUACAAGUGGAAUUUCUGAAAUACACAAGUUUAUUGAAAGUCGAAUUGGUCAAUCAGGUAUUCCAAUUAAUAGUCACAUCUUUAAUUUGAACUAUAAUACUGAGGAACUAAUAUGGAAGCACAUAUUCACUACCUUUUGCCUAUCAGCUAAUAAAUUGUGUACUAUAAUGGCAAUACUAUGCAAUGAGCAGGAAAUGAAGAACAUUUUAUGGCUGUACAAAAAGAGGGUAGCUGUAAAAUUAAGUAAUUCUAUGAUAGAAAUGUUAAUAAAAAAUAAGCCUGCAGAUUUUAUUUUUAUGUACUGCAUUAACCAUUUUAGAUAUCUGUCAUGGAAAGCUCUCUAUUUAUGUGCAAAACAGACUCCAAAAUGUACUGGGCUGGUGCCUGCCGUGAAUAAUGAAUUGAGAAAGUCUGACUGUAUAUUUGGAAAGUGGCGGGAACACGCAAGGAGGAUUAAUACAAAUGGGGAGUGUGAACGUAAAUCGAUAAGAGAAAUAUGUCGAAGAACUGAUUUGCGAAAGAUUUUCCGAGAAUUUGACGUUUUACCUAAAGGAUUUGAGUGUUACCAUCAUAAAAGAUUGUUGUAAUAAAAUAAAUAAUUGC